GAGACAGUCGGCCCUUGGAAUAAACACCGUUGCGCUCUCGCUGCUCUCUGUCCGUCUUUAACUUUGGCGCUUCGCUCCGCCCUCCUACCUGCCGCUCUCCUCUGGAGCGGAUCCGGCAGACGCGCUCAGCUGGCCACUCCGUGUCGUGCCAGGUCUGCAGGGAGACCGAAUGGAGGCGGCGACAUCCACCCGAGGACCGUCAGUCCUUCUUUUUUACGCAGAACUGACAACAAAAACCGCCCGCCUGAACAUGUAGUCUUCUGUCCUGCGUUCAACCCUCAACACAUCCAGAAUCCAAUUACAGGCUCGCUCGUUUUUUGGUCAUUUGUCCCGCUUUGCUGCAAACCCGCUUACCAUCGAUUAGCAGAAAGUAAACAUCGAUUCGUCGCCCAUUGAUUGACAGGAUCCCCCUGAAUGGAAGACGGCUAGAGAGGUCGCCUUUUUUGUGUGCGGAAGACAGGCUGCAACAAUUUCUUCCGCCGCUGUUGACAUUAACGGAAACGUCAGUGGCAGCCUCGGCGGCUGGGAACGACGCCGUCUCUGUCACGGCAUAUGGCGUGAGAGAGGCAGAAAAGCCCCCGUCGGAAUCAUGAGAAGCGCACAAGAUUCGUCAUUAUUGCGGAUUUGAAUGCGUCUCUCCGAGGGCCACCGAGACGCUAUUUUGGUUAGGCUUGCGUGCGCCGCGUCUCACGCUGUCACAAAUAAACAAUUCAUAGCUGCAUAAAAGACAGAACCGGACGCCAUCGGGUGGGUGAUCAUUAUCUAAAGAAAAUAGCGGGAUUUGUUUAUUUUCUGUUUUUAUUUCAAGCAAUAUGGCUGGUGAAUGGGGCUGGGGACGCUGGCACAGGCUCUCCAAUGCUCCUAGAUGCUAGCUGAGGCGGAUGGCACGGUUCCCCAUGGAAGCGAGAGCUCUAUGAGGACAAGCAGUAUCAAUAAUAAUAUCAAUCCGGACUCUUCGAUCUUAAUAUCCAAAAUGGACAAGGUGGUCAUCCCGUUCUCGCCCCAGGUGCCAUGCGCCGAAGACGGACAGCGCAUGUGGUGGGCAUUCCUCGCCUCUUCCAUGGUGACGUUUUUCGGGGGUCUCUUCAUCAUCCUGCUAUGGAGGACCCUCAAAUAUCUGUGGACCGUUUGCUGCCAUUGCAACAUUAAAAACAAGGAAGCACAAAAGGUGAAUAACCCUGCCAACAAUCAGGCUGCAGACAGGACAGCAAAAGGUCCUGAUGAGAAGGAGGAGGCAGCAGCCAGCGAGGUGGGAUGGAUGACUUCAGUCAAAGACUGGGCUGGUGUCAUGAUCUCUGCUCAGACACUCACUGGCAGAGUUCUGGUGGUGUUGGUCUUUGCACUCAGCAUUGGAGCCCUUGGAAUAUACUUCAUCGACUCUUCAGAUCCUAUAGAAUCCUGCCCAAACUUCUACAACGAUUUUACUCUACAGAUCGACAUGGCCUUCAACGUCUUCUUUCUUCUUUACUUUGGCUUGCGGUUCAUAGCAGCCAGUGACAAGCUGUGGUUCUGGCUGGAGGUCAACUCAGUGGUGGACUUCUUCACCGUUCCUCCUGUCUUCGUCUCCGUCUACUUGAACAGAAGCUGGCUUGGUUUAAGGUUUCUGAGGGCACUGAGACUGAUUCAAUUCUCUGAAAUUUUACAGUUCUUAAAUAUUUUGAAAACAAGCAAUUCCAUCAAGCUGGUGAACUUGUGUUCCAUCUUCAUAAGCACAUGGCUUACAGCGGCUGGGUUCAUACAUUUGGUGGAAAACUCAGGGGACCCCUGGGAAGACUUCAAAAACUCCCAGACGUUGUCUUACUGGGAAUGUGUCUAUUUGCUGAUGGUGACUAUGUCCACAGUGGGCUACGGGGACGUCUAUGCAAAAACCACCUUGGGCCGCUUAUUUAUGGUCUUCUUCAUCCUCGGCGGUUUGGCCAUGUUUGCCAGCUACGUCCCUGAAAUCAUAGAGUUAAUAGGAAACCGCAAGAAAUAUGGUGGUACCUAUAGUGCGGUUAAUGGGAGAAAGCACAUUGUGGUCUGUGGUCACAUUACCCUCGAAAGUGUCUCCAACUUCCUCAAAGACUUCCUACACAAGGACAGGGAUGAUGUCAAUGUAGAAAUUGUUUUUCUCCAUAAUAUUUCCCCUAAUCUUGAGCUGGAAGCCUUGUUCAAACGCCAUUUUACCCAAGUAGAGUUCUACCAGGGAUCUGUUCUCAACCCUCACGACCUGGCCCGAGUGAAGAUCGAGUCAGCAGAUGCCUGUUUGAUUCUAGCCAACAAAUACUGUGCUGAUCCCGAUGCCGAAGACGCCUCCAACAUUAUGAGGGUCAUAUCUAUCAAGAACUACCACCCCAAGAUCAGAAUAAUCACACAGAUGCUACAGUAUCACAAUAAGGCCCAUCUGCUGAACAUUCCAAGCUGGAACUGGAAGGAAGGUGAUGAUGCUAUUUGCCUGGCGGAGCUGAAGGCAGGCUUCAUCGCCCAGAGUUGUCUGGCUCAGGGCCUGUCAACGAUGCUAGCCAAUCUCUUCUCCAUGAGGUCCUUCAUUGAGAUUGAGGAGGACACAUGGCAGAAGUAUUACCUUGAAGGAGUCGCUAAUGAGAUGUACACCGAGUAUUUGUCCAGUGCCUUUGUAGGCCUCUCCUUCCCCACUGUCUGCGAGCUGUGCUAUGUGAAGCUGAAGCUGUUGCUUAUUGCCAUUGAAUUUAAGUCUGAGCAAAGAGAGAGCAGAAGCCGAAAGCGCAUCCUCAUCAACCCAGGCAACCAUGUCAAGUUGCAGGAUGGGACUCUUGGAUUCUUUAUUGCCAGUGAUGCCAAAGAAGUAAAGAGAGCAUUUUUCUACUGCAAAGCUUGUCACGAUGACAUCACAGACCCCAAAAGGAUUAAGAAGUGUGGCUGCAAACGACCCAAGAUGUCCGUCUACAAACGAAUGAAACUGGCAUGUUGUUUUGAUUGCGGCCGCUCAGAGCGAGACUGCUCUUGCAUGUCAGGCAGUGUACAUAGUAACAUGGACACCCUUCAGAGGGCCUACCCACUUUCCUCUGUCUCUGUUCAUGAUUGCGCAACCACUUUACAUGCCUCAGCAGAUGGCGCUACAACACCAGGGAACAGUGGAAGCCAAAAAGAGGCUGGCGUUCGAUUCAAAGCCGAUUGCAAUAUAGUCGAAGACGAGCAUCCGUCAACGCUCUCACCUAAAAAAAAGCAGCGCAACGGAGGGAUGCGAAACUCGCCCAACUGCUCUCCCAAAAUGAUGAGCAGACACGACCCUCUUCUCAUUCCUGGAAAUGAACAAAUUGAGAACAUGGACAUGAACGUGAAGAGGUAUGACUCGACAGGGAUGUUUCACUGGUGCCCUUCCAAAGACAUCGAAAAAGUCAUCCUGACCCGGAGUGAAGCCUCCAUGACUGUGCUCAGCGGCCAUGUGGUGGUCUGUAUAUUUGGGGAUGUCACGUCCGCUUUAGUGGGGCUGCGAAACUUGGUGAUGCCUUUAAGAGCCAGCAAUUUCCACUUCCAUGAGCUAAAGCCUAUCGUGUUUGUGGGCUCGCUGGACUACCUGCGGAGAGAGUGGGAAACUUUACACAACUUCCCCAAGGUCUCCAUCUUACCUGGUACACCAUUAAGUCGGGCAGAUUUAAGGGCUGUCAACAUCAACCUCUGUGACAUGUGCGUAAUACUGUCAGCCAAUCAGAACAAUAUCGAAGAUGCCUCACUGCAGGAUAAGGAAUGCAUCUUGGCAUCACUCAACAUCAAGUCUAUGCAGUUUGAUGACAGCAUCGGGGUCUUACAGGCUAAUUCCCAAGGUUUCACCCCUCCUGGAAUGGACAGGUCAUCUCCAGACAGCAGUCCAGUACAUGGCUUUGUGCGCCAGGCGUCCGUUACCACCGGAUCCAACAUCCCCAUUAUCACCGAAUUAGCUAAACCUGGCAAACUACUGCCAUUGGUUCCACUCAGUCAGGAAAAUAAAAGUGGAACCAACAUACAAAUGAUAACAGAGCUGGUGAACGACUCCAAUGUUCAGUUCCUGGACCAAGACGAUGAUGACGACCCAGACACAGAGCUGUACCUCACUCAACCCUUCGCCUGCGGCACCGCCUUUGCUGUCAGUGUACUCGACUCCCUGAUGAGUGCGACGUACUUCAACGACAACAUCCUAACACUCAUUCGGACACUAGUCACAGGGGGAGCCACGCCCGAGUUGGAAGGCCUGUUGGCCGAGGAGAACGCGCUCAGAGGCGGCUACAGCACGCCACAGACGCUGGCAAACAGAGACAGGUGUCGUGUUGCCCAACUAGCCCUCUACGACGGCCCGUUUGCUGACUUGGGCGAUGGUGGCUGCUAUGGAGAUUUAUUCUGUAAAGCCCUGAAGACGUACAACAUGUUGUGUUUUGGAAUCUACAGACUACGAGAUGCUCAUCUCAGUACACCAAGCCAGUGCACAAAACGAUACGUAAUCACGAAUCCUCCGUACGAGUUCGAGCUGGUUCCCACCGACCUGAUCUUCUGUCUCAUGCAGUUUGACCACAAUGCCGGCCAGUCACGGACAAGCUUAUCCCACUCCUCCCAUUCCUCCCAUUCCUCUAGCAAAAAGAGCUCCUCUGUGCACUCUGUACCCCCCUCCAACCGGCAGAACCGCAGCAGUAAGACCAGGGAGGCCCGCGACAAACAGAAUGCAACAAGGAUGAAUAGAAUGAGCCAAGAAAAGAAAUGGUUUACAGAUGAACCAGAAAAUGCCUAUCCAAGGAACAUUCAGAUCAAGCCCAUGAGCACUCACAUGGCCAACCAAGUCAACCAAUACAAAUCCACUAGCAGCCUGAUUCCACCAAUCAGAGAAGUUGAAGAUGAAUGCUGAACACAGAGUUUUCUUGCUGACUCACCAGACACCUGUGCUGUCUGCCUAGAGAGACGAGCAGAGGUCACCAGUGGAGAAGUGACGAUGAUAUCGACAAGGAUGAUGAAGACUGACACAUUUUCUUUUCACUCAUUCUUCCAAUCAAAGGGUUGGUUGGAAACCUGAACUGGAAGGGACCUUCUGUGUGUAUACGCUACUUCCAUGCUUUGGACAUUGUUUAAUUUAUAAAUCUGUCCAUAGAGAUGUACAUAAUGACAAUCAAAACAACAAAAAAGGAUUGUACAGCCCCUUCCCUUAGCACUUUUUGGAAUUGUUUUAAGAGUUGAGAAAAAAAAAGAAAGAAAAGUACUUCCUGUUAUUCUUUGCAAUAGUUCACCUCUUCAUGAGACCAGACUCCACGGGUAAUGCAGCUGGUUAAUUGGAACACGGGGUUGCAGCGAUGACCUGACCACAUCAUCUCCCAAAGAUCCACCCAGAUGUGUCACACAAAAUCCAGCUGGGAAUAUCAACACCGUAUCUCUUGUCAGCUUCUGUUCUAUUUGCACUAAAACUGAAAAAUGGUUUCUUUUGGCAGAACUGGAAACAUCUACCCCCGAUAAAGUCUUUUUGGAGAAAUUACGGAGGGAUGGAUCGGAACAAGGAGGGGAUCCUUGGUUGUUUUUGGUUGCUGUUAAUCAUGUCACUGCUCAAGGUUUUCUAACUUAACACGCCACACCGGUUUGAGUACGAGCAUUCCAGGAAACAAAGUUACCUUGCAGAGAUUUCAUGUAAUAAUUCAGAGAAUAGUGCAAUGUAGGUUCAUGCUUCCACAAAAGCUACACGUCUUCUGCCGGUAUGUCGCACACUAAGGCUAAGACUCAAUUCUAACCCUGCAUGAAAUGUGCCUGAGCCCUUUUUACAACACACACUGCAAAGUGUGGUUAAUUGGCUUGAAUAUGUGGUGAAGAUGAAAAACAACUUGUCCAGUCCGUCAGAGUAAAUGUACACGCAAUGUGUGUAAGUUUGUGCAUCUCAGUCACUUUUGCCUCUUGUGUUGCACUUAUCACUGUAACCUGGUUUGUAUGUGCUGGUGCAGCUUGGACGGAGCAGCAUGCGGGGUCUUAGUACUAAAAAACAAAGUUGUGGUAGAAACAAACACUAAUCUAGAGUACUAAGGAUUUGGAUCUGCUAACAACUCAGUUGCAUUCAAAUGAAACCAAAAUCUCCAACUAUGACUGAGCAUGUCUAACAUGAACACCCUGAACACGCCGCCAUUGUCUCUGGUGGCAGAACCAGGCUCACAAAGAGUUCUCAGUGUUUUGUGUUUAACCCCAAGUUCCGAUUGUGAUAAAGGGAAUGCCACAUAUCGCGUAAAGUGGGCAUGAAUGGGUCCUCCUCUGAUCGGAGAAACUGCCUGGCACAGGGUUGGCACAGAGGCCGAUGAGAGCUUGGAUGUUCUCUGUUGCCAAUCCAGACGUCAUGCGCCUCGAAACUCUUAGGAGUUAAAACCGUGUUCAGUUUCCAAUCAUGAAGAAAUGCUCAAACAUAGUUGACAGCAAUGCAAUAAAGCCACAGACUGUGAUUAAGAAACACUGAAGCUGUUCUUUAUGCUUGCUUGUGUGCAACAUGAGUGCUUUUUGCACAUGUUGUGGCACCCUUAGAUCCAAAUCUAGCACUGAUAAACAUCAAACUAAUCUGUGGUAGGAUUUAUAUAUUUAAACAUUAUUUUAUAUCCAUGAACAUAAUCAAUUUAUACUUAUUUUUCUAAUGAAGAAAUUAGUCUAGAAGAAAACAACAUAUCAAAUCUUUUUUUUUGUGUGUGUGUGUUCAAAUAAAUCCCUAUUUAUUUCAAAAUAUAUUAAAACAAACGAUUAUUUUUUUAUUCCCCUUUUGCGGCUGCAUCACCCUAGAGCGUAUGAAGCUCAGACUAGCUUGCGUUGUGGGACCACCAUCCUCGUCCUGCUAGCUCGGCUAAAAGCGCUAGUAGGUAGGAACUUGGGCCUCGCGUCAAGCCUUGAUUAGUUGCACAGGACAUUGUAAACUACCAGCUGUGAAGGUUUCUAUGGAACGGUGGAGGAAUGGUGCAUUUUUGGGUGAAUAUCAUAUCUAUCUGGUGAACAGAGCAUAAUUAUAAUAAUGAUAAUGAUAAAAAUGAAUGAUAAUGACCUAAAUGUUAUCAAGUUGCUCCCACUGUGUGCAGGCCAGAACCAACUGACCUUCAUUAGAUGUGUCUGACCUAAAUUAGGUCUCUAGUAACAGGAGUAUGUGUACACCACGGCACAGUGUGCUGGUGUUUUUUCACAGAAAAACAUAAUUAUUAAUAAAAACAGAUUAUCAUGAUUUGGAGUCACUGUCUACACAAUAAAAGAAAAGUAAUUAAUUAUAGAAAACCAUUUUGGAAUAUGGAAACAAUGUUAUUGUGCUAAAUAUGUUUGUGUACCCGUUACAGACCACAUCUCCUUCUCACAAUGAUCUGAGCUUUAAUGUCCGUCUAUAGGCUGUGCUGCAAAUAUAACAGAGCUUCAUACACAUUGUCUUGAAGUGAACUUUGAACUGUGAUUACAUCGUUGUCACACACACUGUAACAGAUAGCUUUCCUUUUAAAAUGUGGGUAAAAUGAUUUUUUUAUAAUUGGAUUGUUUAUGGCAAUCACUUGCUGUCCUGAAUAAGAAACUUAUCAUUUGACUGUGACAAUGAUUAUGGGCAGAAUUGACAAACUGAUUAGAUGAAAAAACAAAAAAUGAUCUUAAAAAUAAAAGAUCUUGGAUUUUUGUAAGAAUAAAUUAUAAAUACUUAACAGGAAAAUGUCAGAUCUGAGAUAUAGAAGAUAGCACCAAUUCAGCAACUGUUAAAAAAAAUAACAGAACCUCUUUAGUUUUCCUACAACUUUGUUAUACAUUCCAUUUUGUCGACUUAUUUGUCAGAGAAUGUCACAACUGGUUCUUAUUUGUUUACAAAGUACCUGCAAAGCACACAGACAGAACUGGUCCGCUAUCAGAGGAAAUGCUUCAAACUGGCAGCACACACACAUUACAUCAUUUGUUUAAAAUAUAUUUUAUAAUUGCAUUUUCUACCUUAACUCUCAUUGGGUCAGUCACUUGGGCUGAGACAAUGACCUCUCUCAUUCCCACACCUGUUGAAUUGUCCAAUGGUUUUAGGUAUUUUGUGCACCUCAAAUAUUUUUUUUAAGUGCCAUGAAGCGUUCAAGUUGAACUAGCAUCCUUCAGUCAUUCAGGGAUACAUUCAGGAGUCCAAGUGUUUUCCACUGUGAGAAGAGUGUCUUGUACUGGCAUGGAGAACAUCCAAGCCAAAUAUGCCUCCAUGCUAGUUAAGUGCCAGGCAGUGCAGUAGGUCAAGAGGAGGACCCAGAUCUAAGUCCCACUAUGGCGACAAGUGGCAUUCAACAUGUCUGAGGUAUCUGCUGGGGUGCAGAUAGAUGCUAACCCCCAUAUCGUUUCUGUUGUGAGCUCGAUUGGAGUCCUGUGGUGGAUUGAGAUAUGGAUGACUGAAAGAUGCAAAUAGAGGCCCACUCCUGUAACACCGCAUCUGUUCUUUCCACUGGGAAACAAAAAUCAAAGAAUACGAGUCAUAUGCUGUUACAGUAUGCUGCAUUAUGGUUGUACCCAUGCUCCCUGUAAAGGCUAGCUAUAAUAAUUGGGACUAGUAAUAAUUAACACUUAUGGGAAAUAGAGGAGGGUCUCUAGUCUUAAUAUCACAUCAAAAAUUGCAUUCAGCUAUUUUGUUGAGGAAAUAUAUGUGUUUUUGCUGCCAAUCAGUUCGAGAAGAUAACAGGAUUUUAUUCUUAGUUAUCGCAAAUAGAUUUUGUUGGCAUAUUGUCAUUAAAGCAAACAGGAGUUUGACAUCACAUUCUAAUUAGCUUGGACAUGUUUUAGAUAAAAAUGGAUUAUUUGAUGGUGCUGAGUUGAUCUACCUGACACUGUCAAAUAUAUUCUGCUGAUAAAUAUACUGUCUUGUACAAAAAGUUUGUACAUAGAUUGUACAUGGUUUCUUUUUGUAUUUUCUCAAAUUAAAAUGGAUGUAUUUGUGUUCUAAA